AAGCGAAGCUAUGUUGCUUUGCACGAAUAGAGACCUGCAUUUUUAAAUUGUUCAAGUUCCUAUCCCACACAUAACUGUCUCUCUUAACCUCGAUUGAUCAUCAAUUUUUUUUUGUUUCAUACAUAAUUACAUGUAUUAUGUAUGUAUGUAUGUAUCCUAUAACUACAAGAGUUAAACUUGUCCAACGCCAUUCUGUUACCCUUCGCAGGCUUUGGCAAACUGCAAUCUCAGACGACAAUGACAAUGUUCCUGAGCUUGACAAGUCUUAUUACAUCAUAGACGACAGGAACCUACUCCGUCGCAGUAAAACUGGCCUUCACGUUCUGGAUCUCAUCGACCGCGGUGCCGUCGAACCGGACCGAGCAUUGUACCAGAGGCUAUUGAAAACAUGCACCAAGUUGGGGAAGCUCAGAGAAGGAAGGCUAGUACAUUCCCAUUUCCUGCUACAAAAUCCCGACGUAAGAGAUGAUCUCGUUAUUCAAAACUCAGUUCUCUUCAUGUACGCGAGGUGCGGGGAUUUGGAACACGCGCGCCAAGUGUUUGAUGAAAUGCCUAACAAGGACACGGUCACGUGGACCUCCAUGAUCACCGGGUAUGCUCAGAACGAGCGCGCUGUGGACGCACUCGUCUUGUUCCCGGACAUGCUCCGUGGUGGGAGUGGGAGCAGGCCGAAUGAGUUCACGUUGUCGAGCUUGGUGAAGUGUUGUGGGUUGAUACCGAGCUAUGGUGAUGGGAGGCAGGUUCAUGGGUGUUGUUGGAAGCACGGGUUUUGUGAUAAUGUGUUUGUGGGGAGCUCGCUGGUGGACAUGUAUGCGAGGUGCGGGUUUUUGGGUGAGGCGCAGGCGGUUUUUGAUGAGCUGGGGAGGUGGAAGAAUGAGGUUUCUUGGAAUGCUUUGAUUGCUGGGUAUGCGAGGAAGGGUGAGGGAGGAGGAGAGGAAGCUCUUGGUCUGUUUGCCAAGAUGCAGAGGGAAGGUUAUGGAGUGACAGAGUUCACCUAUUCCGCUCUUUUGUGUUCCGCUUCCAGCGUCGGGUCUUUGGAGCAAGGGAAAUGGCUUCAUGGACACAUGUUAAAGUCAGGGAGGAAGCUGGUUGGUUAUGUGGGGAACACCCUUCUUCACAUGUAUGCAAAGUCAGGUAGCAUUUCGGAUGCGAGGAAGGUUUUUGAUCGGUUGGUGAAGGUUGAUGUCGUUUCUUGCAAUUCCAUGCUGAUUGGUUAUGCUCAACAUGGGUUUGGAAAGGAAGCUGUGGUGCUUUUCAAACAGAUGCUAAGGGAUGGGAUUGAACCCAAUGACAUAACAUUCUUGUCUCUUCUUACUGCUUGUAGCCAUGCUGGACUCUUGGAUGAGGGUGAACGAUAUUUUCAAUUGAUGAGGCAGUUUGGUGUUGAACCUAAAGUUUCACAUUACGCGAAAAUUGUUGAUCUUCUCGGUCGAGCUGGCCUUCUUGAUCGAGCUAUGAGUUUCAUAGAGGGAAUGCUGAUUGAACCCACUGCAGCUAUCUGGGGAGCUCUGCUUGGUGCUUCUUGGAUGCAUAAAAAAAUUGAAAUGGGUGCUUAUGCUGCUCAAAAGGUUUUUGAGCUUGAUCCUUUCUAUUCAGGGGCACAUGUGUUGCUUGCCAAUAUUUAUGCCUCUGCUGGGAGAUGGAAGGAAGCUGCGAAUAUCCGGAAGAUGAUGAAAGAUAGUGGGUUGAAGAAGGAACCAGCUUGUAGUUGGGUUGAGAUUGAGAACUCUGUCCAUGUGUUUGUGUCAAAUGACAUUGCUCAUCCACAAAAAGAUAAGAUCAUUAAAAUGUGGGAGAAGCUAAAUCAGGAAAUUAAAGAGAUUGGCUAUGUUCCUGACACUAGACAUGUGCUUCUGUUUGUGGACCAACACGAGAAGGAGUUGAAUUUGCAGUAUCAUAGUGAGAAGCUGGCUCUUGCUUUUGCUCUUCUGAAUACUUCCCCAGGAUCCACCAUUCGCAUUAUGAAGAACAUUAGAGUUUGUGGUGAUUGCCACUCAGCAAUGAAAUAUGUGUCACUGAUAGUGAAGAGAGAAAUAAUAGUUAGAGAUACCAAUCGCUUCCAUCACUUUUGUGAUGGCUUCUGCUCUUGCGGAGACUACUGGUAGUGCCAAUUAUUAUCAACUAAUCAUGGAGUGGUAUUAAGGGAUAGUUGUUGUUCCUAAUAUUAUCCAGUCAUUCUGUGAUUCAACUUUAGUUGAUUUUGCAACAUUCUAUCAGCAAAAUGGCAUUAUUUGAUCUGAA